CAUGUGCGCGCACUGGUGGAGCUUAUAGAGGGGAUGACAGGCGCCAGAGAAGAGAAGCUGGAUCUACACCAACUAGUGUACAGAAACGCGCCCAAUAUAGGAGCCAUACCCUGUGAGGUUCGACUGGAGUGCCCUCUCAACUGCACCCCACCCAUAUGGACCAUGGUGCAUGUGGGGGGGGCAAUGAGGGGAGCAGGGGCGGACCAGUUGACUUGCCUCGUGCGCAGCAUAGUGCGUGUGAGGGCAUCUCCAUCAGUGAUACACCUCGUACCCGCUAUAGGCCUCCUGCUCGACCACGAGCUCAUCCGUCGGGGCUCUGCAUUCGACUUCGCCCAUCGCUCCCACGCCAUGCGGCUAGAGGCCUUUGCGCCGCUGCGCCUGCCAAGGCAGCAUGCAGUGAGCGACGCGCAGCCGCUGCCCUCGCUGGCCGGGCUGCAUGUGGUGGAGGUGACAGCUGCCGCUGCUGCUGAGACCUACUCAGAGACUGCUGCUGCUCUCAACUCAUUCGCCGAGCUAAUCGCUCCGUGA